UGGCCUCAGCUCGGUGUCGGGAAGAAAGCGCUGUCGCCGACUGUCGCCGCGGAGCCGCCGCUCGCAGCAGCGCCGGACGCGGGACGGACGCAGGUUUACCACACUGGAAGCAUGGCUACAAGCGCUGUUCCCAGCGAAAACCUCCCCACGUACAAGCUGGUGGUUGUUGGAGAUGGUGGUGUGGGGAAGAGUGCUCUCACUAUUCAGUUUUUCCAGAAGAUUUUUGUGCCAGACUAUGACCCAACUAUUGAAGACUCCUACCUGAAGCACACAGAAAUAGAUGGGCAGUGGGCAAUUCUUGAUGUUCUGGACACUGCAGGCCAAGAGGAGUUCAGUGCAAUGCGGGAGCAGUACAUGAGGACUGGAGAUGGUUUCCUCAUCGUCUACUCGGUGACAGACAAGGCCAGCUUCGAGCACGUGGACCGGUUCCACCAGCUGAUCCUCCGAGUCAAGGACAGGGAGUCUUUUCCAAUGAUUUUGGUGGCAAACAAAGUUGAUCUAAUGCACUUACGGAAAAUUACAAGAGAACAGGGGAGAGAAAUGGCAACAAAACAUAACAUUCCCUAUAUAGAAACAAGUGCCAAGGACCCACCUCUGAACGUGGACAAGGCCUUCCAUGAUCUGGUGAGGGUAAUAAGGCAACAGAUCCCAGAGAAAAGCCAGAAGAAGAAGAAAAAGACCAAAUGGCGAGGGGACAGAGCCACAGGCUCCCAUAAACUCCAGUGUGUGAUUUUGUGAUGGGACACCCUGGGAGUGCCUUGGACGCCUCCCUCCUCCCCUGUUGACCCACUGCCAGCCCAGGCAAGGAGCCACAGCUCGGUGCUGAUGCCCACAUGGCCCCGUGGCCCCUGGGGCUCCCCACGGCGGCUCAGACUCGGAGGAAGCGGCUCAGAGGAUCCAGACCCCCAGAGAGGGGCUGCACAUCAGGGCCAGCGUGGGAGCUGUGCCAAUGGGGGGCAGAAGGGAUCAGCAGGACUUCAACUCUCAAAGAUCCCCAGCACCUUCCAAGGGCCUCCGUGAUGUUUAUUAGAAAAAAAAAAAAACAAAAAAAACAAACAAAAACACCAAGGCAGAAGUUUAAAAAAAAGUGUUGGUUUUAUCUGCAAACAUUUCUCUUUGUGACCCAUUUCUGAACAGUCUUGAAUAGCCCCCCUAUUUGGUACAGUUGUCUGUGUAUUUGUGGGGGAAGGGAAAGGGUUUUUCUUUCUCUUAAUUUUUUUUUGGUCCUCUUCUUCCUUUUUGUUGUUUGCUCAGCGAGUGUUGGGUUGCAAAGAAACAACGGCCAGGGUUAGAUUUUUGCACUGGACUCUCUCUUGGGCAGCAGUGCCAAAACACAACUUCAUAUGAAAGUGCAUAGAUUUGGAGGAAGAAAAUUAAUUCCAGCUGCUCUGGGUGCUCCAGACAUUGUGUCAGACUCUGGAGGGUCGCCAGCUCACAGACCAUAAACUUCAGCUUAGGAAAGAAAGUUUGGGCUUGGAUUAUAUUUUUUUUUCUUACCCUUUGUCAAGAGGUUUUGUUUCUGUUUUGUAACUUUGGACAUGUCAAACUUAAGACAUUUUGUUAACCUGGAAGUAUUUAAAUUAAAGUAAUUUACAAAUGGAA